CCCGCUUCCACUUGCGGAGGGAAAUCCAGGCUGGGAGAGUUCCGGGCAAAGUUUUCCAAGCGGCUGGAGCUGGUCCUCAGGACGGGGUCCCGGGGUCCGGCCGCGGGGGCAGGGAGGCGGCCGCGGCCUCGGGGGCUCGCACCCCCCCCCGCCCCCGCUCCCCUGCCUCCCGCUCCCCUGUUUCCCGCUCCCGCUCCCGCGGGGCAGCUCAGCUCCUCCCAGGGCGGGCUGGGCGCCCCCGCGCUCGGGAAGGCCUGGCCCGGCGUGCUCCGAGCCCCACGCUUCAGGACGACCACGCAAGUCCAGACCCACAGCUUUCAUCCUCCUCCUCGCGUGGCCGUCUUACCCUUUGUUCUUUAGACGUGGGCGUAAAGAUAAGGUAGAAGAGGCGAGCGGAAUGGCAGGAGCAUCUGCGCAGUAUCGAGGCCCAGCUGCCACUUCGCGUGGGGCUGACUCCCGGGCAGCAGCAGCUCCUUAACCCCGCUGAGCCUCGGCUUCCCCCUCUGGGAAAUGGGCAUGAAACAGUGCCCGUCCUCCCAGGGUGAUGAUGACGCCCGGGACGCGUUUGCAAAGCGCACAGCACGCUCCUGGCACCAUCAGGGAAAGCAAGCCCCAGUCACUCCCUCUGCUGACUGUCCGAACAUCACGUGCACCUGCAAAACUUGCUGAUUUACCGAGGGGACGCAUUUCGAGUUUUCUGGAAUGACUCCUACAAAAUUGAUUUAUUUUUUUUUUUUGCAGCUUUCAGGAAUAUGUUUAUCGUGUUGGACGGAGGGCGUGAGAGAUGCGUAUCCUUCGUUCGGCAGCGUGGCUGCUUUUCUUCCAAGGCCUUACGAUCAUUGAGGCUUGCUUCUACUUUGCUGACUCCUAGGGCAACUAAGCACUUUGAGGAGGUCUAAGCCCAUUUGAUAGGCUGAAUUAUGGAAAUAGGAAGUGAAGAAGAAAAAUGGGAGAAGCUGGACGCAGAAUUUGAUCACUUUGUGGUAGAUAUGAAGCCCUUUGUUCUAAAAUUAUCCCAUAGGUCAGAACGGCAGAGGUGUGCACUUUGGAUCAGGAAACUGUGUGAGCCUUCAGGAACAGGUGCAGGAAUAGUGGGCCGGAAGAACCGGAACCUGUAUGCAAAACUGUUAUUGCACAUGCUGAAGCGAGGAGUGCUCGAAGGGCCCUUUACACACCGGCCUGAACCAGGGACACUGAAAACAUUGCCUUCCUACAUGUCCAUCUAUUUUGAUGAACCAAAUCCAGCACGAGCAAAAGGUUCAAGCCCAGAAGGAUUACCAGACUGGGUAAUGGGUGAGCUGGGGACAAGUGAACACAAAUUAAAUGAAUCAUGGAAGCUUUCUUCUGGAGAAGGUUACUCUUUGGUGCAGUCGCCAACUGAUGGACACAGUAGGGAGCAAUCCACUGCGAAGCUCCAAAUGAGAUCCCAUUCUAUGAGUCCAACCUCCAGAGAAGAUGGACAAAAUACUACCCCAAAGAGUUGUGAAGCUCAUUCCAAAAAAUCUGCUGUUUCUUUGGAUGACAGUGACAUUGAAGCUCGCCUUAAUAGUUGGAAUCUUGGGAUAGAAAAUCCUCGAUACCUGAGACAGAAACCAAUCCCAGUUUCUUUGGUGACUCCCAAAUUCAGCCUGAGAAAAUCCAGCAGUUUCCAUGAUGAUCAUCUACUCUCUCGAAUGCAUGAAAAAGAGUUGGACAUAAAAACAAAAAUGUUGGAAGCUAAAUGUCAUGAGGAGAAGCUUAAACUGCAGCAGAAACAUGAUGCCGAUGUUCAGAAGAUUUUAGAAAGAAAGAAUAAUGAAAUAGAAGAAUUGAAAACUUUAUACAAAAAGAAGCAAUAUGAAAUGGAGGAGACUAUUAGAAAACUUGAAAUGAAAGUUCAGACCCUUAUACGUGACUGUCAAGUUAUCAGAGAAACCAAAGAAAACCAGAUUACGGAGCUAAAAAAGAUGUGUGAACAGAGUACAGAAUCUCUGAAUAAUGAUUGGGAAAAAAAGCUCCACAAUGCUGUCGCAGAAAUGGAAAAGGAAAAGUUUGAUCUUCAAAAGCGGCACACGGAAAAUAUUCAAGAAUUGCUCGAGGACACAAACGUGCGUCUGAAUAAAAUGGAGGGUGAAUACAUGGCACAGACACAGUCCACGAACCAGGUAGUCAAGGAACUGGAGUCCCGGGUCCAGCAGCUGACUGGAGAAGCGGAGAACAGUAACUUACAGAGACAGAAAUUAAUUCAAGAAAAAUUGGAACUUGAAAGAUGUUACCAGAUAACAUGUAGUGAAUUACAAGAAGUAAAGGCAAGGCGCAACACACUGCAUAAAGAGAAAGAUCAUCUCGUAAAUGAUUAUGAACAAAACAUUAAACUAUUACAAACCAAAUAUGAUGCUGAUAUAAAUCUUCUGAAAAAGGAGCAUGCUCUUUCCGCUUCUAAGGCAUCUGGUAUGAUGAAAGAACUAGAACAGAACAUCUGUCAAUUAAAACAGCAGCUCCAGGAAUCAGAACUUCAAAGAAAGCAACAACUGAGGGAUCAAGAAAAUAAGUUUCAAAUGGAGAAAAGUCAUUUAAAACGCACCUAUGAGAAAAAGAUUCAUGACUUGGAGAGUGAACUUGAUAAAGAGAAAGAAGAUGCUCAAAAGAAAAUCCAUAAAUUUGAGGAAGCACUGAAGGAAAAAGAGGAACAGCUAACUCGUGUGACUGAAGUUCAGAGGUUGCAGGCCCAGCAGGCAGAUGCUGCCCUGGAAGAGUUUAAGCGGCAGGUGGAACUGAACUCAGAGAAAGUCUAUGCCGAAAUGAAAGAGCAGAUGGAAAAAGUGGAGGCCGAUCUAACUAGAUCCAAGUCUCUUCGUGAGAAGCAAUCAAAGGAGUUUUUAUGGCAGCUGGAGGAUGUCAAACAACGAUAUGAACAGCAGAUAGUAGAGCUGAAGCUGGAGCAUGAACAGGAGAAGACGCACCUAUCACAGCAGCAUAGCGCAGAGAAGGAUAGCCUAGUCCGAGACCAUGAACGGGAAAUUGAAAACCUGGAAAAACAGCUUCGCGCUGCCAAUAUGGAGCACGAAAAUCAAAUUCAAGAGUUCAAGAAACGAGAUUCACAGGUUAUUGCUGAUAUGGAGGCCCAAGUUCAUAAGCUGAGAGAAGAGCUGAUUCACGUGAACUCCCAGCGGAAACAGCAGCUAGUAGAGCUCGGUCUCCUUCGUGAAGAGGAAAAACAAAGAGCUGCGAGGGACCACGAGACUGCUGUCUACAAACUGAAGGCUGAGUCAGAAAAGAUGAAGAUGGAGCUGAAAAAGACUCAUGCUGCUGAGACAGAAAUGACUUUGGAAAAGGCCAACAGCAGGCUGAAGCAGAUUGAGAAGGAAUACACUCAGAAGCUUGCCAAAUCUUCACAGAUCAUAGCAGAACUUCAGACAACCAUUUCCUCUCUGAAAGAGGAGAACAGCCGGCAGCAGCUUGCUGCAGAAAGGCGGCUCCAGGAUGUUAUACAGAAGUUUGAAGAUGAGAAGAAGCAGCUGAUUAGAGAUAAUGACCGAGCAAUCAAGGCUUUACAAGACGAACUAGAAGCCCGCGCUAACCAGGUGCGGUGCGCAGAGAAGAAACUACAGCACAGGGAACUGGAGUCCCAGGAACAGAUAACUUACAUACGACAAGAAUACGAAACAAAAUUCAAAGGGUUGAUGCCAGCAUCUCUAAGACAAGAGCUUGAAGACACCAUUUCCUCCUUAAAGUCACAGGUUAACUUUCUGCAGAAGAGAGCCUCUGUCCUUCAAGAAGAACUGACUACAUACCAAAGCAGAAGGUAACUGCACCAAGGCUUGGCCUGAGUAGCACAGGCGAGGGCAGUGGAUGUCCUGUCUGAGUGCACUGUGGAUUUCUUCCAGCAGGUUUGAAGAUUUGGAUGUUGUAAAUUGUGAGCUCUGUGGUAUUUUUUAAUACUGUAAUGUAAUUAAGACCAUAAACACAUGCAUCACUCAUACACUAUGGGGUAGUUUUAUUUGUGUCUGCCUAAGUUAUUUUUUUUAACAUUUCUUUAUUAUUUCCAUAUUUGCGUGCAUUUGGGUGUGUACUGAGAAUUGCUUUUAUUGGGAAAAGAAAUGAUUUCUUAUAAUAUGCCUUGUUGACGCUUUUGCAUGGAAUUUUACCGGUUGCGUAUAAUCAAAAUCACGCUUGUAGUACCGUAUCACAAUUUUUAACAUGCUUAUGUUGUGUUCAUGUUCAUGUUCAUAUAUUAUUAAAACAUUAUAUUUUGUACUUAUCAA